AUUAAUCAGCCGACGCCUCCGAUAAGGCCCGUCAUCCCACCUACCUAGGUAUUCUCUUCGCAUACGACGACAACAACACCGUCCGCCCGCCUCAACAUCCGCCGCGCCCGUGCCAGCGCCAGCAACGACGCCUUUCCCAGCGACAUCCUAAUGUCAGGCUUCGCCGCGGGCCGCAAAGGCCAGAACGUGUCGCAGUACCUACAAGGCCUCAACACCAUUCCCACCCGCCGGGAUAUGGCUGCCCAAGACAACCUCGGUUUUGACGAAGACCUCUCUCUCUUCACUAACACCGAGUUCUUCGACUUUGACAUUGGUACCGAGAUUCCAGCGGCUUCUUUCGACUACGACGCAACGAACGAGCAGCAGGCAAGACGCCGUAACGCCUCCGUGUCGUACAACCAAGCAGCCAACCCUGUCGAGUUUCCUCUUAACGGCGACUUUCAAGGCCUCGACUUUUCAUUCCCUGUUGGCGUCCCGGAACCCAACUUCCACCAGCAGAACCCGUACCCGGCCCAACGCCAGCCUGGUACCAGUAGCUCGUCCCCGCUCGCUGCGACCUCGCCAGUAUCUGCCACCACCGGCAACAAGCGCAAGCUUGAUGCCCUCACUACCACUCCUGGCCCCGCAACCGCCCAGUCCGUCGAGGACAUGUCGCGCUAUGCAGCCGAAGAAGACAAGCGCCGCCGCAACACGGCCGCAUCUGCCCGGUUCCGCGUCAAGAAGAAGCAGCGUGAGCAGCAGCUCGAGAAGACGGCCAAGGAGAUGACGGACAAAGUCUCGACGCUCGAGUCGCGCAUCGCCCAGCUCGAGAUGGAGAACAAGUGGCUCAAGGGCCUUAUUACCGAGAAGAACGACGGCAAGGGCGUCGGCGACAUGGCAAACCUUUACAAGAAAACGAUCGGCACCACCGACAAGGACGAGCGGAGUAACGGCGAGCGCACCGAUGGCGUCGGUACCAAGUCGGACAAGGCUUAAAUUGGAAACGUCAUUUUGAUUUUGCCUUCUUCCUGCGUUUUCGCGUUUACUUUUGUUCUUGUUGGUGGUGGCAGCAUAUCUCGGUUCUUUGUUUAGUC